GUCCGACUCGCUGGAUGAUACAGUCAACUGUAAAUCUGACAAUGACAAUGAGCGGUCCUUUCGCAAUGACGCGUGAACGUGCGAGGAACGGCACGGGAGUAACCGAUCAAAGUCUCCGAAUUGAGGGCAGACGAGGCUUGUCUAGAGAAAGGAAAGUUGGUUGGGAGUCGCAGCACCUCCUUCUUCACCACCAUCUCCUCCUUCUCUCGUAGUCUCGUAUUUUUACCAGCGCUUGGUGUAUACUAUGGAACGAGUGGUAAGAUGAGGCGAAGCGAGCGAGUCGGCUCGAAGUAAGGUAAAGUAAAAUGACUCCAGUUUCCCCACCAGGAGUUACUUUUGGGGAGCUUUCGCAUCCCACCCCGGGACACGUUCUCGAUAAAGAACUAUGCCGACGAGAAAUGGCUAGGACACGGGGUUCGACGUUAAACAGUCGAACAGUAAGUCGCUAACUAACGACUGAACGAACUGCCGAGAGCGGCGAUCGGCUUUUACCCGACUGUCUUUGUACUUUGUAUUAUUUUAAUAUAACUUAAACAAGUUACUGCGAAGCGAGUAUCGGUACUGUGUGUGUUGUGAUAGUCCGGGCGAUUGUAGUCCAUUGUUAGCUAGACCGAGGAAGACUCUCUUGGACACGGUGGAGUAAUUAGUCGCAGAAUGAUCGACGGAUCCGUGAUAACGCGGACACGGUUAACCAUACUGUUGUUCCUGUUAGCGGCAAAAGGAGCUACGCCACUGCAUUACCAGUCGAUCGAAGCAUACGCCAAUGGCGACGAGUGCGCGCUGGUCCUGGAUGGUCCGGGAAGGACCAGCGUCUUUGACUACACGUACAAUCUCCUGCGUGGAAGUUUUCCACCCACCGCCGGUUCGCAAACCUGUAUCACUUACGACGCCGUAAAUAAUGCUUACAUCGAGGCUAGGAAACGCAUCAACGUUGCGCAGUCGAAGGCAGAUAUCUGGAGACCGGAGGAUCUUGCCACCGUUGGCGAACUUCUUCUGGACAUAAGCGUUAAUCUUGCUCAAACAUACGGCUUGACCUACGAGGAAAUCGAAAAAAGUUUACCUCUGAUUGACACCUCGAGGACUCUCAUUCGCGAAGUCUGUCCCGCAUUCCUUAGCAACGUGGAAUGUCGUCCCGGCAAGUACAGACGUUACGACGGUCUCUGUACGAACUUGGAAAAUCCAACCUGGGGCUCCUCUUUGUCUCCAUUCUCAAGGCUACUGCCACCACGUUUUGCCGAUGGACUCACAGCACCUAGAAUAUCGGUGACUGGCGGGGAUUUGCCUUUGGCACGUGUUGUCUCUCGCACCAUGCAUCCAGACGAAGGCUACCAUGAUCAUGCUGGAACGGUUAUGGUAAUUGCUUGGGGACAGUUCAUGGACCACGAUUACACCCUGACUGCCACUCCACUAGAUCCUCUGAACCGUAAUGACCCGGAGGAGUGCUGCUCGCGUCCGCCUCAUCUGAAGAAUCCUUACUGCAAUGAAAUUUACAUUCCCGAGGACGACUAUUUCUACAGACUGUUCAACGUGCGAUGCAUGGAUUUCGUACGUGCAUUCCCUGCCGUACGUCCCGGCUGCAGGCUUGGCUCUCGCGUGCCAUUCAAUCUUCUCACUGGCGUUCUCGACGGCAACACGGUUUACGGCAUCAGCGAGCAUUUUGCCAGAAAGCUACGUACCGGCUACGGAGGAUUGCUUCGUAUGAAUCCAGUGUUCUCGGAGUACGGUCUGAAGGAUCUUCUACCCCUAAAAUUAGACAUUCCCGAUGAGGGUUGCACUCGUCCCAACCGAUCGAUGUAUUGCUUCGAGGCUGGCGAGAUUAGAGUGAACGAGCAGCUCGUACUCACUUGCAUGCAUACGCUGAUGGCGAGAGAACACAACAGGGCUGCCAAGGCCCUCGCCCACGUGAAUCCCCAUUGGGACGACGAGACCAUCUUCCAGGAGGCUAGGAGAAUUGUCAUUGCUGAAAUUCAGCACGUUACUUAUAACGAGUUCCUGCCGAUUCUACUCGGCAAAGACGUUAUGGAGAAGUUUGGACUUUUGCUUGAGAAAGAUGGUUACUGGGACGGUUACGAUCCUAGUGUGAAUCCUGGAGUUUUGGACGCUUUUGCUUCUGCUGCUUUCAGGUUCGGUCACUCGCUUCUUCCUACGGCCGUUGAACGAUGGAGCAAGGCUCACAAGUUUAUUGCAUCGAAACGCUUGUCAGAUUUAAUCAGAAGGCCGUACGAUCUUUAUCGCGCUGGAGUACUCGAUGAGUACUUUAUGGGAUUGAUGAAUCAAGUUGCCCAAGCUAUGGACGAUUCAAUUACUCAGGAGGUUACCAAUCAUCUGUUCAAGAAAGCUGGUGCGAAAUUUGGCAUGGAUCUUGUCUCCUUCAAUAUGCAACGUGGUCGAGAAUUCGGUAUACCGAGUUACAUGGAAUUCAGAAAGUUCUGUGGUUUACCCGGUGCCGACACUUUCGAGGAACUGUUUGGAUCUAUGCCAAAUGAAACUAUCACGCGUUAUAGCACUAUUUUCCAACACCCUUCUGACGUCGAUCUUUGGUCCGGCGGUGUCUCUGAGAAACCUUUACCAGGAAGUAUGCUGGGACCAACCUUUGCUUGCGUCAUAGCCACACAAUUCAGUUAUUCCCGUCGUGGAGACAGAUUCUGGUACGAACUACCUAAUCAGCCGUCAUCCUUCACGCCAGAACAAUUGGCCGAGAUACGCAAGUCGAGAUUGGCUAGAUUAAUAUGCGACAACACUGAUCUGAUCGACACUGUUCAACUAUACCCUAUGGUUUUGCCUGAUCACGAAAUCAAUCCACGUGUCCCAUGCCGAAGUGGUGUCCUACCAGGUAUUGAUUUCAGCAAGUGGGCCGAAUUUCCGACAACGGGUCAUGCAGCUCAAUACCGCAAGAUGAAAGAAUUAGGUGCGGAGUCCGUACCACCAUUGGUAUACGCCAGAAUGCUUGGAUCCAGUUGGAUGCCAAAAGUGCAGAAUGAAAAUCUGCCAUGGGUCCAUGCGCUUAAUCGUGCCGAUGCAAUUAAGAGGAACAGGGCUUUAAUGAAGUAUCAUCAGAAUUUGAGGCAAAACAGAAGAAUUGAUUAUCGAUCGUUGAUUGACAUUUUACUAAACCGAGAUUUACCUAUGUAUAUGUCCAUGAUGACGAACAAAAGGACCGUUAGAAGAUUUUCGCCCAAUCCGCUCGACUAUCUGAAGGCAGCAAGGGAACUUCCGGUAAAGAAAACUGGUCCUGCGGCCAAGGGACCAAGGGAGCAGAAUAACAUAUCGGAGGACAUAAUAAAAAUUACAACCAUAAUAGAGACUGUUCGUCGUAGGAGGAAAAGAGAUGCCGAAUCCGGUAAAAAGAAGAGUAACGAAUCUGUGUUUAUGAAGUCAUUGAAAGAGACGGAGAAAAGAAGGAGGGAAGCUGUGCCGGGAAAGACUUUAAAUAGGAAGAAGAGGUCUUUACCCGAUCAGCAGUAUAAUAUUUCUGCAUUGAAUGUACAGGAAACGAAGGAAAUACCAAUUAAAGAAAUCGACAGAAGUAUACCGAUAAAACGUGCAACGGUGACACCGGAAAUACCGAUAAUACCGUAUAUACCGUUAUUGCCGCCAAUGUCCGAAAAUAAGAAUUUUCUUGAUUUUUCGGUACUAGAGUCGAUUCUUAAUGUUAGGAAAAACACAUCGACUCCAAAGUAUACGCGAGUUUUCCGCGAAUGCAAGGAUGAUGCGGCUGCCGAGAUUGCCGAUCUGAACAUCCCGCCGCCGAAGCCAAAAUAUAUAAAACGAAGAAAGCCGAUAAUUCCCGAUAUUGAUUUUCCACGGACACCGAUUGUGCUGCCACCUGCAAAGGCUCUACAGUCUGCUGCUGUAUCGACUGCGGGAAAGGAAGCUACGAGGAACAUGAGCUAUAUCAAUCUGCAAGAUCAUCAGAGUAACGGACAGACGCCUGGUAUGACGAAAGAUGCUAAUGGCUACCCAGCUGAUAUUCCAAAGUAUAAUCCUCAGAAUAUACCAUACGUCGAUGUACCAGAUUACACUGAUCGACGUGAAGAGAGCUUGGAUGAGGAUGAUCGUCGUGUGGCCAAGGAGAAGUACGAGGAUUACGAUGACGCGAAUGCUGAUGCCGUCGAUCCCGGAGCACCUUCGGAGGACGGAGAACGAUCUGAAAAAAAUGCAGAUGCGCAUGUUAAUCGUGAGGCUGGAGGAAGAGAGCAGAGUGAUGAUGAUGACGAUGAUGAUGAUGGUGAGGAGGAGAAGGAGGAGGAGAAGGAGGAGGAGAGGGAACGACCACGUGUUCGGGAUGAACCUCAACAGGUUUCCAGGAGCCAGGAUGAUGAAGCGGAUGAGGAACAGGACGAAAGACCAUCCCGUGUUCGUUACGAAGACCCACAGGUGAGGAGGAACCAGGACGAUGAUGAGGAUGAAGAAGCGCCAUCACGGUUUGAGGAUACUGAACCUAAUAAUCGAAACGAAAGUAAGGAUGAAGAGGAUGAUGAAGAGGACGAUGAUAAGGAGGAAUCACAGAAAGUGAAGACGGAACGGAUAACAAAGGCUGAAUAUGAUGCAGUGCAUUUUGAUAUCAAUGAAUAUAAAAAACCUUUUAAUUUGGAAGAAUUUCUCAAGGAGGAAUUAUUCUUUGAGCCGGAUGAGAAACCGGCGAAGGGCGAAGACAUUAAUAAGCAUGAAAGCAGCAAAAAUAUUCAUGUACGCGAAGGUCUUAAGUCUGCCGGUCAGAAAGAUAAUUCAAACAUUGAAAUUCCUAAGGAUUUGAAUUUGGAUAUUUAUAAGGGCGAAGAGUCUGUGGUACCCGUUGAACGUCAUGGACGAGUCGCACGAGCUGAUCGGACUGAUGAUGCUGAAAAAGUUGAGGCCAAGGAAGAUGAUGACGAAUCUGCUGAAUAUUCUAGUGAAUCGGAUGAUUAUAAGCAAGAGGGAGAAGAUGAUGUUGAGGAAAAGAUUGUCUCUGAUGAAGAAUUCAAAUAUGGGGAUAAGGACUUCUUCAAAGCAAUUGCCAACACUAAAAACGGAGAGUUUCUGCACUUGGACAAUGACGAUGACUUCUUUACGCGCACUUUUGGUCCUGAGAUCGCUGCACGAUUAAGAGAACCUUAUAUAAAGGAGGACGACGAGGAUGACACCGAAAAGACUGACGAAAGUAAAACAAAUGAAAAAACCAACACCGAAGAGUACAAGGCACUGUCGAAAAUUUUGAGUAAAAAGGAUGAUGUUUCGAGAUUAAAUGAAGAUAUAAAUGAAAAAGUAAAAAAGGGCGAGGAGGUGCCACCAGAGUACAGGAAUGCUUGGACUCUGGAAUAUGAAUUUCCAGAAAAAAAGAAGGAAGACGUUCCAGAAGUAAAGGAUAAGAAGGAUUAAAUAAGUUUAUAAUAGUUAUGUUUAACUUUUAACAUUGUUAUAUAAUUUUGAAAUUAUAACCACAACAACGAAAUCAAAGUAUUGAAUUGUAAUGGACUUAGAUUACAUAAAAGAUGUUUUAAUGUUUGUAUCCACUGC